AUGUUGCAUAACAACCUAAAUACAUUAAAAGAACCUCCACCGGGACAGCCGAGACUGGAAUUCCCAGUAGCCCAACCUUCCCGAGCAGUGCCAGCAACCAGUACCAAUGGCAAUGAUGAACACCGAAGCCUGAUUGCCAAGGCAGUAUCCAUGAGUUUCAUGCUCUCUGGAAAGGACUACACGAUUACUCUAUCCAACAAAUCAAUACAAACUAGCAGCCAGCACCAAGGAUGGAAAGCCAAAAGCCAACAUUGGGGAAAAAUAGGACUUAUUGGGAAAAUACUCCAGGAGUGUUCCUAUAAAGACAGGAUGCAGAAGUUCAGAGAUAAGAUAAUAGCAAAAAUUGAGGAGAAAUUUGACGAUGAGAUGUACAGACUCGAGGACAGGGUCAAAGCCAUGAGAAAGGAAGUUGAAGACAUGUCAAAUGUGUCCACAAAGCUGAAGGACAAAGUGGAGGAACUAGUAAAGGAAGCAGAGGCUAGGGGAACUACAUCAUGGGCAAGGCUGGUGGAAUUGGAGGCAGGGGAAGUAGCGGGAACGGACACUGCUCAGCUCUUGUAUGCUAAUGCAGCCCAAGCAAAGUCAGAAGCAGAUUCUGACUGGAAACUAACAGAAAAAGUGAUUGUGGUAAAGGCGAACUUAGCACUGGAGAAAAUGUUGCAGGACAAGGGUAAAGGGAGGGAGAUGAAGGUAAUAGUGGCCACAAAGCUUCAAGGUAACGGAGCUUUCCUUCUCAUGAGAUCAGAGGCAGAGGCAGAAGCAAUGAAAAUAGGUGAACAUAUGACACACUUCUGUGAUGCUUGGAGAUUGAAGGCUUUUCUAAGACCCAACUAUCAUAAGCUGGUAGUAAAGUCACUCUUGAUAUGA